AUGCCAAGUCGCGUUCAGUCAGGGCGACGGGAAGCCAAGGGGAAGGUGACGUCGACAGGCGCGGCGUUUCAGGAGCGGAGCAGGUGGCGAGAGGCCCAGCGCAAUCUGGGCGCGAUAAGUGAUCUCUUUCGGACCGGGUAUGGAGGGAUUAAAUCAAACAAGUAUCUGCGUCCAUGGGGUAGCGGAGAGAAGAGGGAGGAGCAUGGAGUCGAUGUCGCCGACACGCAUAUGGGAGAAGGGUUGAGUUGGAUCGGGCUGAGACAGUCGGAGUUAACUAGCGUGUGGAGAAUGCCUAGACGUCUUACUGUAGCAAGCCAAAUUGACGUACGUUAUGCGCGAUGUAUACGACAAUUUUGA